CUUUUUUAAGUUUUCCCAACUUGGUAGGAAAUUUCGUUUUGGAAAAAAACGAAAGAUAAGUAAUGGGUUCCCUACUUUGUAGCGCUAGCUGUUGAAUGUUGAACAUCUCUAGCUGCCAAAAAUAGUCCAACUAUUCAACCAAAGCAUUUUACCUUCUUCUGUAAAAGAGUUUCGCUGAAAAUGGCUGAAGCUGCUCUCAGUUGUGUUGGUGUAAUCUUGAAUAAGAUACUUCCACUUGCUGCCGACGAGAUCAGCCGGGUAUGGGGUGUAGAGAAAGACCUUCAGAAGCUUGCGAAGAAAGUAGAGAUGAUGGAAGCUUUGAUUUUUGAUGCUAAGUGCAAGCAAUCAACAAGCAAAGCCGUGCAGCUCUGGCUCAAAAGGCUCCGGUCCAUAGCACGUGAUGCUGAGAUCGUGUUGGAUGACUUCGGAUAUGAAGUUCUGCGGCAGAAGGUUGAGAAUCGGAAGCGCGACAAGGUACGCAACUUCUUUUCUUCCUCAAAUCCUAUUUCCUUUCGUACAGAGAUGGCUAACAAGAUCAAGAAUGUUAGCGCAUCUCUAGAGGAAGCUUACAGAGAAGCAAAUCAAAUCGGGCUUCAUCCAGCUCAAAUACGCAUGACAUCUGCUGAUCAAAAAGAGGAUCGGUCGACUGAUCCUUUUGUGGACGAGUCACAAACGGUGGGAAGGGGAGUUGAGGCAUCUCAAGUUGUAAGCAUGUUAAUUAGCUCAGACUAUAAGAAGGAUUUACCUGUCAUCUCAAUAGUUGGGAUGGGUGGCCAGGGUAAAACAACCCUUGCACAGCUGGUGCUAAAAAAUGAGUGUGUAGCAAAGCACUUUGAUAAAACAAUAUGGGUGUGUGUGUCUGAUGAUUUCAAAGUGGAGAGGCUGUUGAACGAGAUGCUACAAUCCCUUGAGGGAAAAAGUGCUGAGACGACAAACACGGAAGCACUGGUGAGGAAGCUUCAAGGAAAUCUGAAAGGAAAAAAUUACUUGCUUGUGCUUGAUGAUAUUUGGAAUGAGAAUCGAGAGAAAUGGGAUGGCAUGAGGGGACGUUUGUUGGCAAUAGGGGGUGCUCCAGGAAGCAAAAUAUUGGCUACCACACGUAGUGAUGAGGUAGCCACAGCAAUGCAAGCAUCUCGUUUACAUCAUCUGGACAUCCUCUCAGAUGAUCAUAGCUGGAUGUUGUUUGAAAAACUAGCUUUUGCAGACGGUGGUGCAAGAAAGACUCAAUAUCUGGCGGACAUUGGCAGAAGGAUACUGAAAAAGUGUGGCGGCGUGCCAUUAGCAAUCAAAGUGAUUGGGGGUUUGUUGUAUUCCAAAAAGGAUGGCUCGGAAUGGUUGAAGCUUGAGAAGAGUGAAAUAUGGAAUGAGUCUACCAACACUGAAGGUGGAGUCAUGUCUGUCCUGAAGCUGAGUUACGAAAACUUACCUUCAUUGUCAGUGAAACAAUGCUUUGCAAGUUGUUCCAUUUUCCCGAAGGACGCUGACAUGAGAAAAGAAAGCUUGAUACAGAUUUGGAUGGCCCAGGGAUUGAUUAAUGAUGCCAAGGGAGGAGGUCAUUUGCAAAUGGAGGAUAUAGGCAGCGACUGCUUCAACGUAUUGCUUCGGAGUUCUUUGUUGCAAGCUGGUUAUAAGAAUUCCAUUAACGGAAUUCGGAGCUGCCGGAUGCACGACCUUGUGCAUGAUCUUUCACUGCGAGUGUCAAAUAAUUGUUUCUUAAAUACAGAGAAUGGCAUGGUGGUCAGUCAUAAUGAUGAAGUUGUGCAUUUGACCGUUGUUCUGAGUCGAGGAAAGAUGUUAAAGAAUAUCGAAGGGAUUCCUCCAAAUUUGCAAACGCUUUAUUAUAUUGGGGAUGAUGGUAUUAUGCUUGAAGACAUCUUGGAAAGUUCUAAAUACCUUUCUGUAUUAAAAGUAGACUGCAGGGCUGUUACUCAUCUCCCGAAUGCAGUGGGUGAUAUGAAACAUUUAAGACAUCUUGAUAUCAGUCGAACUGGUAUCACCGCUCUGCCAGAUUCGAUCACAAAGCUCUACAAUUUGAUGACCUUGAAAGUAAGUCGCUUGGAAGAGAUACCUAAGAAGUUCAGCAAUUUAAUUAACUUGAGGCAUCUCGAGUUUUCCAUGGUUUUUGGGGGUUGGCCCCGAUGUUUGUUCCCUGGGAUUGGGCAGCUGGCUAAUCUUCGGACGCUGCCCUACUUCAUGGUAAGCCAAGACAAGGGAUGUCAGCUUGAGGAGCUGGAACACUUGCGCAACCUCCAAGGCGAGCUAGAAAUUUUUGGACUUGAGAAUGUGAGCAGCUUUGAAUCGGCAGCAAAAGCAAAGUUGUCCGAAAAAUCAAGCAUUCAAAGUUUAACACUUGAAUGGGAUGAUACAAAUGAAGAUUGCGAUGACGACAAUAUCAAUAGUGUCAUGGAAGGUCUCCAACCUCACCCAGACUUGAAAAGUUUAGCCAUUAAUGGUUUCAAAGGUUCAAGGUUUCCGUCGUGGAUGGUGGCAAAGGAUCACGUGACGGUACUCCUAAGGAAUCUGGUACACCUCAGGUUGGAGAAAUUGGGUAAGUGUGAACAAGUACCAUCACUAGGGGACUUGCCUUGUCUCGAGUCCUUAGCGAUGGUCUCCUUACACAAUGUGAAGCGCAUUGGGGCAGAAUUCUAUGGUCUCCUUACACAUCUCGAUAUUAAUGCAAGGAGCAGUGCUUCUUGUAGUAGCAGCACCAGUAGCAGAGAGGCGAAACCAGUCACUCUGUUUCCGAAACUACAGCAUUUUAGGCUGCGGAACAUGAAAAGGCUAGAGGAGUGGUCAGAUGCAAUGGUUCCCUCGGAUUCUUCUUCAUCAAUUAAGGUAUUCCCUAAUCUCCGGUACUUGGAAAUCGAAGGGCUCCCCAAGUUGGCUUUUUUACCAGAUAUGGAGAACUUAACGUCUGUUACGGGGUUGUGGAUAUGGGAAUGCAGAAGUUUGGCUUGUCUAAGGAAUUUGAAUAGCCUCACAUCUCUUGAAUCCUUAGUCGUAGGAGGCUGCCCUGCUUUAUUAUUAGAUGCUUCUCUAGAUAUGAACAACCCCCAAUCCCUACGUAGUCUAAGCGGAUGUGAUAAGUUGAAUCCUUCAUUGAGUAAUAAUCUUGAGAAGUUCACAUCGCUCGAGCGGUUGAUGAUCCAUUCUCGUGACCCUGGUUCUUGGCCAAUUAUGGCUCUACACAGUCUAGCCAACCUCAGAUCGUUGGAUCUCGGUGAUGGCUUCUCUGACGACCUUGAUCAUUUCCCGUGGCCACACUCCAUCACCAAUCUCGUCUCGCUGGAGCAUCUUCGAUUGUAUGGAUGGCCAAAAAUCACGUCUCUCCCAGACCAAAUUCAGCAUCUCUCUAACUUGAGAACUUUAUGUAUUGCGGAGUUUGAGGGGUUGGAAGUUCUUCCAGAGUGGAUGGGUAGCCUUCGGAAUCUUCGAGAAUUGUACAUUUGUAAUUGCUCUAACCUCAGACAAUUGCCCUCUGCAGAAGCAAUGCGACACCUCACCAAUUUAAAUUAUCUACAUAUCGACAGCUGUCCUCUUUUAGCAGAGAGAUGCACCAAAGGAAGUGGCGCAGAGUGGCCCAAGAUUGCACACAUUCCCCAUGUUGGUAUCUCUCCUUCGAACAAAGUUUGACUCGUUCUGUUUUUAACUGUUGUUGCAGCUUCAUUGCUCCAACAAAACCAUAUAUGGUGUCAAAUUACCACAUAGAGAGUCAAAUUGACAAAUCCUUUUAUACACAGACAGAGUCAAAUUGACAUUAAAUUGCCCAAUCACAUAUGGUGUUAAAAUCAGAAAAUGGGGGGGGAAAAAAACACCAAUUUAAUUUACUAGUUUUUGCCUAUAAAUUGCCCAAUCACAUAAAGCCUCUGGGUUUACCACCAAGAAAAGAUUAUAUAUGAGAUUUGAGGGGAAGAUGGAAAUAUGAUGAAAAUGAAGAAAGAAAGGAGGAUGAAGAGUAACAGUGGGAAGGUCAAAUUGCUGCUAUUCUUUUCGUCUCCUUGUAGCUUGAUUUUGUUCUACUAUUUUUCCUGAUUCAGCAAAUGACUGCCUAUUUCUUGAGCAGCAAAUGGUGCCUGUUAUCUAUGCUGCAGGGACUAGGACCAAAGUAUUUCCAUGAGGACAGACACCUGACCUGAGUUACAGUUUUACUGCAGUGUGUCAUAUGCAAGCAGACAACUGUGUGUGUUGGAAAUUGGAAUGGGAAUCAGCAUGCGUCCAACGAUGAGUCCACAUGCGGGAAUCGACAAUGGUGCAGCAGUGAGGAAAAGAGUUGCAAAGCAUAUAACCAUGUUUGGGGGAUUUUGAUGAAUCCUGUUCUAUGUUGAACAGCAGCAUAGCAUACAAAGGGAUUGUUUGUUGACUCAGUACCUCAUAGUGUUUACAUGUUUCUUUAUUGCUGUUUACAUGUUUCUCAAUGUCCAACUCUGUAUUCAAUGGGUGAAACUACUAGUAGGGUGGAGAGAAUUUCUGGAUAGGAUAGAUUCUAUCUAAUUGCAAACCAAUAAUAGCCAAACAAAUUUCAUUC